UUGUGAAUGUGUGCAUAAGCAUGGUGCAUCACUCUCCUUUUUCAUAGAGAUGUCCACCAGAAACCUGACAUUUUACAAUGGGAAAAUAAGUUAUCCAUGAAGGAGAAAACAAAACUGGUGCAUUUGCUGCUCACACAGGAAGUUCCUUGGGAGCCCGAUAUCACAGAAAUGGAUCGAUACAGGGCUGAACUGGGCCAAUGUUGCAAUGCUUCUGUCCAGCUAGUCCUGACCAAGGAAAACAAACCUCUAGGAUCAAAUAUUACCUGUUUAGAGGGUGUUAAAGUAGCUGUGGAAGCUCACCUCCUAGAGCUGCUGCCAAAGGUAUCGCCUUUCUCACAUUCUCAGUAUAAGCAUUGUGCAAUGGUGGGCAAUAGCGGGAUUUUGCGACAAAGCCGCUGUGGACAGGAGAUCGACCAGGCAGAUCUAGUCGUCAGGUUCAACCUUCCUCCUUUGGAGUUCCCUGAAGAUAUCGGAACUAAGACAAGCUUGGUGACCAUCAACCCCAGCAUCCUUAAAGAUAAAUUCCAUUUCUUGCAGCAAGAGUGGGAUCCCUAUGCAGAUGCCCUGCAACCUUACAUGAAUGCUGUCUUCCUCAUCCCAGCCUUCACUAAUUCAGGCGAUAAUAGCAUAGCCUACCAUGCCUUGUAUACCAUGGAGGCAUUGGGGUUGGGAAAGAAGGUCUUCUUCUUGAAUCCAGAGUACCAGCGCAACUUGACUGAUUAUUGGAGGAAGGAAAGCUUGGCGACACUACGGCUCUCCUCCGGCUUCAUAUUUAUCAACGUGGCUUUAGAGUUUUGCCAGCACAUAACCCUCUAUGGCUUCUGGCCCUUCUCGCAUGACCUGGAUGGACAGGCUGUCUCUUACCACUACUACGAUGACAUUUUGCCCGAUGAUGUACAUAACAUGUCCACUGAAUUCUCAUGUUACGUUCACAUGUACUCCCGGAAUGUGUUGCUCUUACGAUACGGAAAAUGUCGGUGAGGUAUGUGUAGGAAUGGGACCCACGAGCAAAUAGAAUGAAGAAUAAGUUUCCAUUACAACACCAGCUGUAUGACUUACCAUCUGGAAGUGUGAAAAAUUGGUAAAUUUGUUUGGCUUUGGAAGAAGCUGAGAUUUAGGAAGCCACACAUUUCCUUCCCUGAUUUUUCUAGAAGGAGUAUUU